AUGUUCUCAGCCAUGCAGACCUACGCUGCCUCGACACGCUUCGACAUGGACCCUCAUGGGGACCAGAUAUCGUCGUCAUCGUCAUCGUCAUCGUCGUCACUGUCUCCGGUCUAUGUCCGAGUCCGUCGGGGUUCCAGCUCGGGCGCUCCUCACUCGCUGCAUCGUGUCCGCUCGACGCCCAACAUCGUCCACAUCACUGUGAGCCGCAGCCCCCUGCCGCAAGGCGACGUGCCCACGCCCCCCUGCGAGCUCGAAGAAGCGAUCCACCAGACCUGCUCCAGCAGGGCGGACGAGUCCGACAGCGAGGAGCUGUGUCCGCCGCCCUACGCCUGCGUUGACCCCCUCCUGACUGAGCCGACGAGGCCCUCGCCAUCAUACACGGCCUCUCUCUCUGUUUCUGCCACCGAGCAGCCCCUGGCCCCACGCCCCGAGACGCCCUCUUUCCUUGCAAAGGCCAUCUUUGGCGCCUCGUACGCCCAGCGACGUGCCGAGCGCAAGCACGAGAAGCGCCUCGAGCGCCUCCAAGAGAUCCACGAUGCCUGGCUCCACCUCGGCAUCGACACACGCAGGGCUCUUGCCCGGGGCCAGCCCCUGCCGCCGCACUUUUUCAACCCACCCAAGCUCACGGCCCGCGAGUUCAGCGCAGCCGUCGACCGCCUGCUCCCCUGA